AUUUUCCUCAGCGAUAGUUGCAGAGACGCUUCAGAGUAUUCCUCAGAAUUUUCAGUGAAAGGAUAUUCGACUUCCCUUAUUCAGGUAAAAAUGACAUCUUCACAUGAUGCGCAAGGAUUCCGGGGUAACCAAGGUGAAGAUGAGGACAUCGACGUGAUAUCUGUGGAGCCUAUCACCAUGAUAGUGCCGCCGGAGUUGCAGGAUUCGCCUAGAACCGCCACGCUUGAGAAUAGCAGUAGUUCGAGCACGAGUAGUGGCUCUGAGAACCACCAGCCUUCAACUUCUAGGGAUUCGCCCGUGGAAGGGAUAUCCGGCGAGGUACGGGGUGCUGAAGAGGUUGGGUGCAGCGUGCCGUUGGCGAGUACAGCAGUUGAGGCGGUUUUGUUUGAACGGUGGGAGAGCCAGGUUCUCAGCGGGCGACUAGACAACCUCCGUAAAGCUCCCAAAACCCUACCGGCCAGAUUUAGGUUCAGGGCGGUUCUGCACCACGAAGUUGCAGAUGGGGUGGCCACAGUGAAACGGUAUAAGAAGCUAGAGCAUAUGGUGAGGCGAUUCCAGAUCCCCAGAACCAUCCUGAUCCGAGCUGGUACACCAAAUGAAAGGGCGUGCUCAGUAUCACGGACGGGCUGGGUGCCAGUGUACGUAGACCAUUUUGAGGCCGGUCUACGUUUUCCUCUGCCCGAGCUAAUUUUUGAUGUCCUGGCAGAGUACGAGCUGGCCCUUUCGCAACUCACUCCCAACAGCAUAAAGUUCAUCAUAGGCUUUAUGUUGUUGUGCGAAAGGCUGGGGAUGCCUACAAAGGCGGUGGUCUUCAGGUCGCUCUUCCUGUGCCGUUUGUGCCCGUCUACGAGUGGGACGAGGUGGUACUACGUCUCAGGAAGAGAGAAGAUGAUUAUCUUCACCAACAUUAGGAACAAGGUGGCGAGAUGGAAGAGGCAGUUCGUCUUCGUGCGCGAUACACGAACUGAAAGGAUGAAUAACGAGCUCGCCGCCCGUCUGUCUGAGUGGCGUACGCUGAACACGUACAUGAACUACCCUCAGCUGACCGUUGGUGACGUCGACCUGAAGAACCGACUACUCGAUCACGUGAAGGCGAGGGGUUUGGUGGAUCUGGAGGCCUUGGUUACCCCAGACCAGAUCGCACUUCUUGGGUUUGUCGAUGUGGCAAACCUGCACGGUGAAGGAGAAAUGAGCAGCAUCCUAGAGAGGCAAAGACAGCGAGCUCAAGGCUCAAGGAGCCGGGGAGCUGGGUCCGGCUCCCAACGUCAGUCCCGCUUUGACGAGCGGCCACCUGCUGCACCAGGGCGCAGCUCACAGCACAGAGGUUCCAUCUCGGCACAGAGGCCACGUGCUGAGCAAAGAAUUGAGCCUGCGCCUUCCAGCUCCAGAAGGCGUUCGAGGGAAGACGCGGAUGCCGAUGCAGAGGAUGACGUGCCUCUCAUCUGGCGUAGGACAAGCACCGGUUCGCAACCCGCCCCGGUCGCUGCUGCAAGACCCUCCAACGUGUCCCAAGCGCCAGCUCGCGAGGGUAUGCAGAACUUCGUGCCCCCUGCAGACUGGCUGCGUGCAAAGGGGCACGUUCAGCAGCAUGGAGGACAUGCUGCGCUAAUAAAGUUGAUGGAUGCGUUCAGCUACACUGUCGCACUCUUUGAGUGCGAGCAGGGAGCCAGGGCGCAGAACAGCGAGCUGCAACACAACUGCAAACAGUUGGCAUCUGAGAAGGCCAGCUUGGCUGACGAGGUUAACCGCUUGCAGAGCUCGGAGAUGGCCAACCGAGCGGCGUCAGCUGAAAGCCGGGCUGAGAUGCUUAGGCGUCCUCCUGUUCGUCCAUGUCAUGCCUUGGAGGGCGACCUCCUGUAAAAGUACGAACCAUUUUGUUUUUCAGUAGGUUAAGUCACACAACUUCUUGUUCGAGUUUCCCACAGACGGCGCCAAUGUUUCGGCAGCUUCACAGUCCAAC